AUGACUAUCAUACAUAUCGUCUUGUUCAAACUCAAGUCUUCGCUAAGCGAUGCGGAGAAGAAAGAGGUCUGUGAUGACAUGUUGUCUCUGAAGGAAACGUGCCUGCAUCCGUCAACGAACAAGCCAUACAUCAUCACUUCAUCUGGCGGCGUCGAUAACAGUCCAGAAGGCGCUCAGGGCGGGUUCACGCAUGGCUUUGUGGUCGAAUUCGCAUCCCUCAAGGACCGCGACUACUAUCUCUCCGACGAUCCCAGCCAUCUCGCUUUUGGGAAGAAGAAUAGUCAUAGAUGGGAUGAUGUGAGGGUGAUUGACUACGAGAAAGGCGUCUACUAG